AUGUCAUCACAAUCAGGAUUAAAUCAGACUCUAUACAAUAACAAGAGAUUUGUGUUCAGAAGUAAUUUGAAUAGGUUAUUUUCCGAUACUAAAAAAUUUCCACCCAGUUCAAACCCCUGUUCCAAAUGUAUUCUUAAAAAAAAACCCUGCAUCUGUCAUAUUAUCAAUUCUUCUGUUGGAAGUUAUGUAACUGAGGGAAUAGAUUCUCAAAUUUGGUAUAGAACCAAGAGAUACGAAAUUGAUGAGUUAAACGAGACUAAAUGUAUGCUAAAUGACUUGAGAAAUGUGUUAAAUGACGUUGACUUGGAAAAGUGGUCGACACAUACGAAAUUACUUGAUAAUACGACAUUAGUCAUUAAACAUUUAGCUGAUGUACUCUUUCUACAUACCUUAUAUAUACUGAAACUGAAUGUUAACGGAAGAAAUGAGUCGGGAGUUGAGCUGGUCACAAACGCGUGGCUGAAAUUCUAUGAGAUUUUGGAAGUGUAUAAAUUAGUAGAAUAUCUGAAACCGAAUUUUAAAACUGAGGGUGGAACUUUGACUUCAUUUCAUAUCUCCGAAUGCCCAGGCGCAUUUAUCGCCUCUCUAAACCACAAUUUAAAGUCUAAAAAUUAUAAUGGAGAGUUGAAAUGGUACGCCACUUCACUAAACCCGUAUUAUGAAGGCAAUAAUCACAAUGUCGUGCUUGCAGAGGAUAUUCUGCUGAAAGAAACGUACCAAAACUGGCUCCUGGGCUAUGAUAAUUCAGGAAACAUAACAAAAUCAUCCACAGCCGACGGCUCAUUUAACUGUCAAUUCGAUCCAAAUAACCAGGAAUUAUUAACUUCCCCCUUAAAAUUCGCAGAAGUUGUAUGCGCACUUGGAUUGUUGAGGGUGGGUGGGUGUUUCAUUAUUAAGAUGUUCAACUUGUUUGAGGAGCCCUCAAUGUCAAUUAUCGCACUUUUAAGUCUCUGCUUUAAAAGGCUGGAAGUGUACAAACCAUUCCUGUCAAGAGAAGCAAACUCCGAAGUUUAUGUCAUCUGCCUCGAUUUCAACGGAAUCACCUCAAUUUUGUUAUCCUCACUUUGUAAAUUCGUGGAUAAGUAUUCAAACAACCAAAAUAAUGUGAGUAUAAUACCAAAAGAAUGGAUACCGGCAGGAUUUAGAGCCGAGUUUGUCGACUGCGCGAAGAUGUUUGCUGAGAUCCAGUUCAGGAGUCUGAGAAACGCGUUGUCGUUGUACAAAACGGUGUUAAACGAGAACCCAUACUAUAAGGAGAAGCGUGAAUUUGCAAACGCCUUCAUUAAGCAUUUUAACAUUGUGCCAAUUAGCCCAGAGCUUAGACUAGUGAAGAGAGCUCAGUUCGGAGAGUACUUGAUUUCAGGCAAAGAUACUUGCUCCUUGGGACACUUGGAUAAAAACUACUUUUCAAAGUUUGAGGAACGCCAGGGGUACCACAACUUAUAUAAUUCACUUCAAAAAAAGAGAUUAGAAAACAAAGCUUCCAAAGAUAUUUAUCUGCAAAUAAGUGAUGGAGAUAAUGUGGAAGAGUAUGGUAGGUCGAUCAGGGAAGUUGUUGACUUUGUGAAUAAGUCUAAGGUUAAGUUACUGGAAAAUAAAGCAGAUUCUGGUGAUAGAGUGGAAUUGCUAUUAAAGCUUGAUGAGGAGGUGUUUGAAAGUUUGUUGGAUGAUUUAAAGAACCAGAGAUAUUUGAAGGAGAAUUGGUUUGGAAUCGGGAACAUGAACUGUGAGGAUUUUAAGUUUAGUUUCUUCUGCAACAAUGACCUUCUGUUCUACUUAAUAUAUCUAAAAUCCCACUGUUGCAGUAAAAUACCGCUAACGACUCUUCAGGAAUGUUUAGAAAAAUCCUCAUCAUACGGUGAGGCCUUGACUGACUUAAAUUCGUUUCCCAACUCCUCCACAAUUCAUUUGGCCUUUAUUUUCAAGAAUUUUCUAAAUGUUAACCGGUACAAAUAUUAUUUGGAGAUUACUUCCAACGAUUUUCAGCAGUUUCCAUCCAUUUCACUACUAAAAUGCUAUAACAUUACCGGCUCAAUUCUAUACAACCAAAUGAAUCAUACUUCUGACGGUAAUUCCAAUUCUCACGUUAAUUCUUAUCCUGACAAUGUAAACAACGUUAAUGGCUCAAAUUUGUUUAUUUUCGAGAAUAUAUUCGAGCUCCAAACCAUAUUGAAUAAUUUUCCCGGCGACGGAAAUGUCGAGUUGUGCUUCGAAUUUAAUUACUAUAAUCUAUUCAAUUCCAACCAGUCAUAUAAAUCACUCAUUGGAGAAAUUUUGGAGUCCAACUUGAAGAGGAACUGCGAUUUCAUCUUUUGUGACCUCUACAACAAUGUGAAUUAUAGGGAACUGCUGUAUAAGGAAUUAAACACCAAAUAUAUCCUAGUGGCACAAUUAAUUCAGGCGUUGAAUUGCUUAAAUGAUAACGGCGAUUUGGUGUUGAGGAUUUUUAGCAUGUUUACGAGGUUCACAGUUGGGAUUUUGUGUUGCCUGUCAACUGUUUUUGAUCAAGUUAUUUUAUACAGGCCUGAAUCAGUUGUUAACUGGUCUCAGGAACUUUUCGUCAUUUGUAAAAACUACAAGGACAAGGACAACUCGAUUUGUAGACACUUUUUCCAGUGCCUUUGGGACGCUUUAGCUCUACACCAUAAAACUCAACAAACUCUACUUCAAAUCAUCAAACCCUUCCAUUUCACAACAAUCGCAAAAAAGCUGUAUGAUUUUAAUAAUUUAUUGUUGAAUAAUGAACUUUGUGAACUGUUAAACAAAGAAGCUGUAAUUAAAGAGCAUUUAACAGGCUCUAAGGAAUUUUUAAAUAAAUUUAAAUUAUUGGACAUUUUGUAUCCAAACAAAUUAUCAGAUCAUAGCGAUGUACAACUACUCAAACUCCAAUACAUGAAUGAGACGAGUUGUACCGUUAAUAAUUUCAAGAGGAAAAUGACCCAUUCUCCCCAAGUUACUGAAAGCGAAUCAGAGUCGAACUCACCAAUCUGGUCUGACGAUAAUCUUGAUGAUGAUUUUAAUUAA